AUGGUGCUCUCGCACGCGAGCUCCAGCCGGGACGACGACGCGGUGGCCUCCACCUUCGCGUCGCGCUACGUGCGGGAGCGCCUGCCGCGGUACCGGAUGCCGGAGCGGUCGAUCCCGCGGGAGGCGGCGUACCAGAUCAUCAACGACGAGCUGAUGCUGGACGGCAACCCGCGCCUGAACCUGGCGUCCUUCGUCACCACGUGGAUGGAGCCCGAGUGCGACAAGCUCAUCAUGGACUCCAUCAACAAGAACUACGUCGACAUGGACGAGUACCCCGUCACCACCGAACUCCAGAACCGCUGUGUAAAUAUGAUAGCUCACUUGUUCAACGCACCGAUUAAGGAGGAUGAGACGGCUGUCGGAGUCGGAACAGUGGGAUCCUCAGAAGCAAUCAUGCUUGCUGGUCUAGCAUCCAAGAGGAAAUGGCAAACAAGAGGAAGGAACAGGGGAAACCAUAUGACAAACCCAACAUUGUCACUGGUGCUAAUGUUCAGGUUUGCUGGGAGAAAUUUGCAAGGUGGGAAUGUGCCUAUUCAUGUCGAUGCUGCGAGUGGAGGAUUCAUAGCACCUUUCCUCUACCCUGAACUUGAGUGGGACUUCAGGCUACCUUUAGUGAAGAGCAUCAAUGUCAGCGGGCACAAGUAUGGCCUUGUUUAUGCUGGUGUCGGUUGGGUCAUUUGGCGGAGCAAGGAGGAUUUGCCUGAAGAGCUCAUUUUCCAUAUAAACUACCUAGGGACAGACCAGCCUACAUUCACGCUCAACUUCUCCAAAGGUUCUAGUCAGAUCAUUGCGCAAUACUAUCAACUCAUUCGCCUAGGCUUCGAGGGGUACAAAAACAUCAUGGAGAACUGCCAGGAGAACGCCGCGAUCCUGCGGGAAGGCAACGCAGCGACCGGGCGGUUCGACAUCCUGUCCAAGGACACCGGCGUGCCGCUGGUGGCCUUCUCGCUCAAGGACAGCAGCCGGUUCAGCGUGUUCGACAUCUCCGAGAACCUGCGGCGGUUCAGCUGGAUCGUGCCGGCGUACACGAUGCCGGCGGACGCGGAGCACUCGUCGUCAUCAGGGAGGACUUCAGCCGGAGCCUCUCCGAGCGGCUCGUCUCGGACAUCCGGAAGAUCCUGCACGAGCUGGACGCGCGCGCCACCCACGCCGUGA